AUGGAGCUUGACUACCAAUGGGACAACGAUAAAGUAGUUAUCUGUGGAGAUCUUGUAGUUUUGACACUCUGGAAGUGUGGAGGCGAGAUUCAUCACCUCAUCAUCACAACAUCACCUGACAUUCCAACUGUCAGGUUGGUGAAUGGAUUCAACCUCUGUUCUGGAAGAGUGGAGGUUCUUCACAAUGGAACCUGGGGAACGGUGUGUGAUGAUCUGUGGGAUUCAACAGACGCAGCAGUGGUGUGUAGAGAACUGGGCUGUGGGAAUGUCAUAGAGGCAAAGAGCUAUGCUUAUUUCGGACAAGGUUCUGGACAAAUAUGGUUGGAUGAUGUUCAGUGCCUUGGAAAUGAAUCUACACUCACAAACUGUUCAUCAAAUGGAUGGGGAUUCCAUGACUGUGGGCACCAAGAAGAUGCUGGAGUAAUCUGCCAAAUGACAGCGACAUUGAACACGACUGCCUCACGGCCAGGAGUCAGAGCUGUCAGGUUGGUGAAUGGAUCCAACCUCUGUUCUGGAAGAGUGGAGGUUCUUCACAAUGGAACCUGGGGAACGGUGUGUGAUGAUCUGUGGGAUUCAACAGACGCGGCAGUGGUGUGUAGAGAAGUGGGCUGUGGGAAUGUCAUAGAGGCAAAGAGCUAUGCUUAUUUCGGACAAGGUUCUGGACAAAUAUGGUUAGAUGAUGUUCAGUGCCGUGGAAAUGAAUCUACACUCACAAACUGUUCAUCAAAUGUAUGGGGAUUCCAUGACUGUGGGCACCAAGAAGAUGCUGGAGUCAUCUGCCAAAUGACAGCGACAUUGAACACGACUGCCUCACGGCCAGGAGUCAGAGCUGUCAGGUUGGUGAAUGGAUUCAACCUCUGUUCUGGAAGAGUGGAGGUUCUCCACAAUGGAACCUGGGGAACAGUGUGUGAUGAUCUGUGGGAUUCAACAGACGCGGCAGUGGUGUGUCGAGAACUGGGCUGUGGGAAUGUCACAGAGGCAAAGCGCUCUGCUUAUUUUGGACAAGGUUCUGGACAAAUAUGGUUGGAUGAUGUACAGUGCCGUGGAAAUGAAUCUACACUGACAAACUGUUCAUCAAAUGGAUGGGGAUCCCAUAACUGUGGGCACCAAAAAGAUGCUGGAGUCAUCUGCCAAACUGUCAGGUUGGUGAAUGGAUCCAACCUCUGUUCUGGAAGAGUGGAGGUUCUUCACAAUGGAACCUGGGGAACGGUGUGUGAUGAUCUGUGGGAUUCAACAGACGCGGCAGUGGUGUGUAGAGAACUGGGCUGUGGGAAUGUCAUAGAGGCAAAGAGCUAUGCUUAUUUUGGACAAGGUUCUGGACAAAUAUGGUUGGAUGAUGUUCAGUGCCGUGGAAAUGAAUCUACACUCACAAACUGUUCAUCAAAUGUAUGGGGAUUCCAUGACUGUGGGCACCAAGAAGAUGCUGGAGUCAUCUGCCAAAUGACAGCGACAUUGAACACGACUGCCUCACAGCCAGGAGUCAGAGCUGUCAGGUUGGUGAAUGGAUUCAACCUCUGUUCUGGAAGAGUGGAGGUUCUCCACAAUGGAACCUGGGGAACAGUGUGUGAUGAUCUGUGGGAUUCAACAGACGCGGCAGUGGUGUGUCGAGAACUGGGCUGUGGGAAUGUCACAGAGGCAAAGCGCUCUGCUUAUUUUGGACAAGGUUCUGGACAAAUAUGGUUGGAUGAUGUACAGUGCCGUGGAAAUGAAUCUACACUGACAAACUGUUCAUCAAAUGGAUGGGGAUCCCAUAACUGUGGGCACCAAAAAGAUGCUGGAGUCAUCUGCCAAAUGACAGCGACAUUGAACACGACUGCCUCACGGCCAGGAGUCAGAGCUGUCAGGUUGGUGAAUGGAUCCAACCUCUGUUCUGGAAGAGUGGAGGUUCUUCACAAUGGAACCUGGGGAACGGUGUGUGAUGAUCUGUGGGAUUCAACAGACGCGGCAGUGGUGUGUAGAGAACUGGGCUGUGGGAAUGUCAUAGAGGCAAAGAGCUAUGCUUAUUUCGGACAAGGUUCUGGACAAAUAUGGUUGGAUGAUGUUCAGUGCCGUGGAAAUGAAUCUACACUCACAAACUGUUCAUCAAAUGUAUGGGGAUUCCAUGACUGUGGGCACCAAGAAGAUGCUGGAGUCAUCUGCCAAAUGACAGCGACAUUGAACACGACUGCCUCACAGCCAGGAGUCAGAGCUGUCAGGUUGGUGAAUGGAUUCAACCUCUGUUCUGGAAGAGUGGAGGUUCUCCACAAUGGAACCUGGGGAACAGUGUGUGAUGAUCUGUGGGAUUCAACAGACGCGGCAGUGGUGUGUCGAGAACUGGGCUGUGGGAAUGUCACAGAGGCAAAGCGCUCUGCUUAUUUUGGACAAGGUUCUGGACAAAUAUGGUUGGAUGAUGUACAGUGCCGUGGAAAUGAAUCUACACUGACAAACUGUUCAUCAAAUGGAUGGGGAUCCCAUAACUGUGGGCACCAAAAAGAUGCUGGAGUCAUCUGCCAAAUGACAGCGACAUUGAACACGACUGCCUCACGGCCAGGAGUCAGAGCUGUCAGGUUGGUGAAUGGAUCCAACCUCUGUUCUGGAAGAGUGGAGGUUCUUCACAAUGGAACCUGGGGAACGGUGUGUGAUGAUCUGUGGGAUUCAACAGACGCGGCAGUGGUGUGUAGAGAACUGGGCUGUGGGAAUGUCAUAGAGGCAAAGAGCUAUGCUUAUUUCGGACAAGGUUCUGGACAAAUAUGGUUGGAUGAUGUUCAGUGCCGUGGAAAUGAAUCUACACUCACAAACUGUUCAUCAAAUGUAUGGGGAUUCCAUGACUGUGGGCACCAAGAAGAUGCUGGAGUCAUCUGCCAAAUGACAGCGACAUUGAACACGACUGCCUCACAGCCAGGAGUCAGAGCUGUCAGGUUGGUGAAUGGAUUCAACCUCUGUUCUGGAAGAGUGGAGGUUCUCCACAAUGGAACCUGGGGAACAGUGUGUGAUGAUCUGUGGGAUUCAACAGACGCGGCAGUGGUGUGUCGAGAACUGGGCUGUGGGAAUGUCACAGAGGCAAAGCGCUCUGCUUAUUUUGGACAAGGUUCUGGACAAAUAUGGUUGGAUGAUGUACAGUGCCGUGGAAAUGAAUCUACACUGACAAACUGUUCAUCAAAUGGAUGGGGAUCCCAUAACUGUGGGCACCAAAAAGAUGCUGGAGUCAUCUGCCAAACUGUCAGGUUGGUGAAUGGAUCCAACCUCUGUUCUGGAAGAGUGGAGGUUCUUCACAAUGGAACCUGGGGAACGGUGUGUGAUGAUCUGUGGGAUUCAACAGACGCGGCAGUGGUGUGUAGAGAACUGGGCUGUGGGAAUGUCAUAGAGGCAAAGAGCUAUGCUUAUUUCGGACAAGGUUCUGGACAAAUAUGGUUGGAUGAUGUUCAGUGCCGUGGAAAUGAAUCUACACUCACAAACUGUUCAUCAAAUGUAUGGGGAUUCCAUGACUGUGGGCACCAAGAAGAUGCUGGAGUCAUCUGCCAAAUGACAGCGACAUUGAACACGACUGCCUCACAGCCAGGAGUCAGAGCUGUCAGGUUGGUGAAUGGAUUCAACCUCUGUUCUGGAAGAGUGGAGGUUCUCCACAAUGGAACCUGGGGAACAGUGUGUGAUGAUCUGUGGGAUUCAACAGACGCGGCAGUGGUGUGUCGAGAACUGGGCUGUGGGAAUGUCACAGAGGCAAAGCGCUCUGCUUAUUUUGGACAAGGUUCUGGACAAAUAUGGUUGGAUGAUGUACAGUGCCGUGGAAAUGAAUCUACACUGACAAACUGUUCAUCAAAUGGAUGGGGAUCCCAUAACUGUGGGCACCAAAAAGAUGCUGGAGUCAUCUGCCAAAUGACAGCCACAUUGAACACGACUGCCUCACGGCCAGGAGUCAGAGCUGUCAGGUUGGUGAAUGGAUCCAACCUCUGUUCUGGAAGAGUGGAGGUUCUUCACAAUGGAACCUGGGGAACGGUGUGUGAUGAUCUGUGGGAUUCAACAGACGCGGCAGUGGUGUGUAGAGAACUGGGCUGUGGGAAUGUCAUAGAGGCAAAGAGCUAUGCUUAUUUCGGACAAGGUUCUGGACAAAUAUGGUUGGAUGAUGUUCAGUGCCGUGGAAAUGAAUCUACACUCACAAACUGUUCAUCAAAUGUAUGGGGAUUCCAUGACUGUGGGCACCAAGAAGAUGCUGGAGUCAUCUGCCAAACUGUCAGGUUGGUGAAUGGAUUCAACCUCUGUUCUGGAAGAGUGGAGGUUCUCCACAAUGGAACCUGGGGAACAGUGUGUGAUGAUCUGUGGGAUUCAACAGACGCGGCAGUGGUGUGUCGAGAACUGGGCUGUGGGAAUGUCACAGAGGCAAAGCGCUCUGCUUAUUUUGGACAAGGUUCUGGACAAAUAUGGUUGGAUGAUGUACAGUGCCGUGGAAAUGAAUCUACACUGACAAACUGUUCAUCAAAUGGAUGGGGAUCCCAUAACUGUGGGCACCAAAAAGAUGCUGGAGUCAUCUGCCAAACUGUCAGGUUGGUGAAUGGAUCCAACCUCUGUUCUGGAAGAGUGGAGGUUCUUCACAAUGGAACCUGGGGAACGGUGUGUGAUGAUCUGUGGGAUUCAACAGACGCGGCAGUGGUGUGUAGAGAACUGGGCUGUGGGAAUGUCAUAGAGGCAAAGAGCUAUGCUUAUUUCGGACAAGGUUCUGGACAAAUAUGGUUGGAUGAUGUUCAGUGCCGUGGAAAUGAAUCUACACUCACAAACUGUUCAUCAAAUGUAUGGGGAUUCCAUGACUGUGGGCACCAAGAAGAUGCUGGAGUCAUCUGCCAAAUGACAGCGACAUUGAACACGACUGCCUCACAGCCAGGAGUCAGAGCUGUCAGGUUGGUGAAUGGAUUCAACCUCUGUUCUGGAAGAGUGGAGGUUCUCCACAAUGGAACCUGGGGAACAGUGUGUGAUGAUCUGUGGGAUUCAACAGACGCGGCAGUGGUGUGUCGAGAACUGGGCUGUGGGAAUGUCACAGAGGCAAAGCGCUCUGCUUAUUUUGGACAAGGUUCUGGACAAAUAUGGUUGGAUGAUGUACAGUGCCGUGGAAAUGAAUCUACACUGACAAACUGUUCAUCAAAUGGAUGGGGAUCCCAUAACUGUGGGCACCAAAAAGAUGCUGGAGUCAUCUGCCAAAUGACAGCCACAUUGAACACGACUGCCUCACGGCCAGGAGUCAGAGCUGUCAGGUUGGUGAAUGGAUCCAACCUCUGUUCUGGAAGAGUGGAGGUUCUUCACAAUGGAACCUGGGGAACGGUGUGUGAUGAUCUGUGGGAUUCAACAGACGCGGCAGUGGUGUGUAGAGAACUGGGCUGUGGGAAUGUCAUAGAGGCAAAGAGCUAUGCUUAUUUCGGACAAGGUUCUGGACAAAUAUGGUUGGAUGAUGUUCAGUGCCGUGGAAAUGAAUCUACACUCACAAACUGUUCAUCAAAUGUAUGGGGAUUCCAUGACUGUGGGCACCAAGAAGAUGCUGGAGUCAUCUGCCAAAUGACAGCGACAUUGAACACGACUGCCUCACAGCCAGGAGUCAGAGCUGUCAGGUUGGUGAAUGGAUUCAACCUCUGUUCUGGAAGAGUGGAGGUUCUCCACAAUGGAACCUGGGGAACAGUGUGUGAUGAUCUGUGGGAUUCAACAGACGCGGCAGUGGUGUGUCGAGAACUGGGCUGUGGGAAUGUCACAGAGGCAAAGCGCUCUGCUUAUUUUGGACAAGGUUCUGGACAAAUAUGGUUGGAUGAUGUACAGUGCCGUGGAAAUGAAUCUACACUGACAAACUGUUCAUCAAAUGGAUGGGGAUCCCAUAACUGUGGGCACCAAAAAGAUGCUGGAGUCAUCUGCCAAAUGACAGCCACAUUGAACACGACUGCCUCACGGCCAGGAGUCAGAGCUGUCAGGUUGGUGAAUGGAUCCAACCUCUGUUCUGGAAGAGUGGAGGUUCUUCACAAUGGAACCUGGGGAACGGUGUGUGAUGAUCUGUGGGAUUCAACAGACGCGGCAGUGGUGUGUAGAGAACUGGGCUGUGGGAAUGUCAUAGAGGCAAAGAGCUAUGCUUAUUUCGGACAAGGUUCUGGACAAAUAUGGUUGGAUGAUGUUCAGUGCCGUGGAAAUGAAUCUACACUCACAAACUGUUCAUCAAAUGUAUGGGGAUUCCAUGACUGUGGGCACCAAGAAGAUGCUGGAGUCAUCUGCCAAAUGACAGCGACAUUGAACACGACUGCCUCACAGCCAGGAGUCAGAGCUGUCAGGUUGGUGAAUGGAUUCAACCUCUGUUCUGGAAGAGUGGAGGUUCUCCACAAUGGAACCUGGGGAACAGUGUGUGAUGAUCUGUGGGAUUCAACAGACGCGGCAGUGGUGUGUCGAGAACUGGGCUGUGGGAAUGUCACAGAGGCAAAGCGCUCUGCUUAUUUUGGACAAGGUUCUGGACAAAUAUGGUUGGAUGAUGUACAGUGCCGUGGAAAUGAAUCUACACUGACAAACUGUUCAUCAAAUGGAUGGGGAUCCCAUAACUGUGGGCACCAAAAAGAUGCUGGAGUCAUCUGCCAAACUGUCAGGUUGGUGAAUGGAUCCAACCUCUGUUCUGGAAGAGUGGAGGUUCUUCACAAUGGAACCUGGGGAACGGUGUGUGAUGAUCUGUGGGAUUCAACAGACGCGGCAGUGGUGUGUAGAGAACUGGGCUGUGGGAAUGUCAUAGAGGCAAAGAGCUAUGCUUAUUUCGGACAAGGUUCUGGACAAAUAUGGUUGGAUGAUGUUCAGUGCCGUGGAAAUGAAUCUACACUCACAAACUGUUCAUCAAAUGUAUGGGGAUUCCAUGACUGUGGGCACCAAGAAGAUGCUGGAGUCAUCUGCCAAAGUGAGUCACAGGACAUUUCUGUCAGGUUGGUGAAUGGAUUCAACCUCUGUUCUGGAAGAGUGGAGGUUCUCCACAAUGGAACCUGGGGAACAGUGUGUGAUGAUCUGUGGGAUUCAACAGACGCGGCAGUGGUGUGUCGAGAACUGGGCUGUGGGAAUGUCACAGAGGCAAAGCGCUCUGCUUAUUUUGGACAAGGUUCUGGACAAAUAUGGUUGGAUGAUGUUCAGUGCCGUGGAAAUGAAUCUACACUGACAAACUGUUCAUCAAAUGGAUGGGGAUCCCAUAACUGUGGGCACCAAAAAGAUGCUGGAGUCAUCUGCCAAAUGACAGCGACAUUGAACACGACUGCCUCACGGCCAGGAGUCAGAGCUGUCAGGUUGGUGAAUGGAUCCAACCUCUGUUCUGGAAGAGUGGAGGUUCUUCACAAUGGAACCUGGGGAACGGUGUGUGAUGAUCUGUGGGAUUCAACAGACGCGGCAGUGGUGUGUAGAGAAGUGGGCUGUGGGAAUGUCAUAGAGGCAAAGAGCUAUGCUUAUUUCGGACAAGGUUCUGGACAAAUAUGGUUGGAUGAUGUUCAGUGCCGUGGAAAUGAAUCUACACUCACAAACUGUUCAUCAAAUGUAUGGGGAUUCCAUGACUGUGGGCACCAAGAAGAUGCUGGAGUCAUCUGCCAAACUGUCAGGUUGGUGAAUGGAUCCAACCUCUGUUCUGGAAGAGUGGAGGUUCUUCACAAUGGAGUCUGGGGAACGGUGUGUGAUGAUCUGUGGGAUUCAACAGACGCGGCAGUGGUGUGUAGAGAACUGGGCUGUGGGAAUGUCAUAGAGGCAAAGAGCUAUGCUUAUUUCGGACAAGGUUCUGGACAAAUAUGGUUGGAUGAUGUUCAGUGCCGUGGAAAUGAAUCUACACUCACAAACUGUUCAUCAAAUGUAUGGGGAUUCCAUGACUGUGGGCACCAAGAAGAUGCUGGAGUAAUCUGCCAAACGACAUUGAACACGACUGCCUCACAGCCAGGAGUCAGAGCUGUCAGGUUGGUGAAUGGAUUCAACCUCUGUUCUGGAAGAGUGGAGGUUCUCCACAAUGGAACCUGGGGAACAGUGUGUGAUGAUCUGUGGGAUUCAACAGACGCGGCAGUGGUGUGUCGAGAACUGGGCUGUGGGAAUGUCACAGAGGCAAAGCGCUCUGCUUAUUUUGGACAAGGUUCUGGACAAAUAUGGUUGGAUGAUGUACAGUGCCGUGGAAAUGAAUCUACACUGACAAACUGUUCAUCAAAUGGAUGGGGAUCCCAUAACUGUGGGCACCAAAAAGAUGCUGGAGUCAUCUGCCAAACUGUCAGGUUGGUGAAUGGAUCCAACCUCUGUUCUGGAAGAGUGGAGGUUCUUCACAAUGGAACCUGGGGAACGGUGUGUGAUGAUCUGUGGGAUUCAACAGACGCGGCAGUGGUGUGUAGAGAAGUGGGCUGUGGGAAUGUCAUAGAGGCAAAGAGCUAUGCUUAUUUCGGACAAGGUUCUGGACAAAUAUGGUUGGAUGAUGUUCAGUGCCGUGGAAAUGAAUCUACACUCACAAACUGUUCAUCAAAUGUAUGGGGAUUCCAUGACUGUGGGCACCAAGAAGAUGCUGGAGUCAUCUGCCAAAUGACAGCGACAUUGAACACGACUGCCUCACAGCCAGGGGUCAGAGCUGUCAGGUUGGUGAAUGGAUUCAACCUCUGUUCUGGAAGAGUGGAGGUUCUUCACAAUGGAGUCUGGGGAACGGUGUGUGAUGAUCUGUGGGAUUCAACAGACGCGGCAGUGGUGUGUCGAGAACUGGGCUGUGGGAAUGUCAUAGAGGCAAAGAGCUAUGCUUAUUUCGGACAAGGUUCUGGACAAAUAUGGUUGGAUGAUGUUCAGUGCCGUGGAAAUGAAUCUACACUCACAAACUGUUCAUCAAAUGUAUGGGGAUUCCAUGACUGUGGGCACCAAGAAGAUGCUGGAGUCAUCUGCCAAAUGACAGCGACAUUGAACACGACUGCCUCACAGCCAGGAGUCAGAGCUGUCAGAUUGGUGAAUGGAUUCAACCUCUGUUCUGGAAGAGUUGAGGUUCUUCACAAUGGAGUCUGGGGAACGGUGUGUGAUGAUCUGUGGGAUUCAACAGACGCGGCAGUGGUGUGUAGAGAACUGGGCUGUGGGAAUGUCAUAGAGGCAAAGAGCUAUGCUUAUUUCGGACAAGGUUCUGGACAAAUAUGGUUGGAUGAUGUUCAGUGCCGUGGAAAUGAAUCUACACUCACAAACUGUUCAUCAAAUGUAUGGGGAUUCCAUGACUGUGGGCACCAAGAAGAUGCUGGAGUCAUCUGCCAAAGUUUAAAUGAUCCCUGUUUUGAGCUCAACUGCACGGAGGAUGAAUGGUGUGGAGAGAAAAAUGAUGUUUAUGGCUGUUUCUGUAACAAGAGUCAUCAAAGACCAGACCCAGAAUCUUUUGAUUUCUAUGAGGUUUGUAAAAGUAGCUCUGGUUCCAUUUCUCUGUCUCGCUGUCAGCUCUUUGAGGCUGGUUUUCCUGCUGACAACUUACACCUCAAUGACCCCAACUGCAAAGGAACAGUCUGGAAUGGCAGAGUGGAGUUCUAUUUUGACAACAAUGACCACAUCUGUGGUACAAGUCUUUUGGCCAAUGGCACCCACUACAUUUAUGAGAACUUUAUUUUUGGAACGUCGGGCUCGACUGAAGGUCCCAUCAGCAGGAAGAGAAUUUUGAAGAUGAAUUUCAGUUGUGUAUACCCCCAAACCCAAUCGCUUUCUAUGAAUAUGGAAAUCAAUCCACUAGAGAGCAUUGUCCACAAGAAGCUUCCUGCUGGUCAAGGGAGAUAUCAGGUCAGGAUGGUUCCAUAUCAAGAUGCUGAGUUCUCCAAGCCCUUCAAUGGGAGUGUGAAUGUGGAGCUGAACCAGCAGAUGUUUCUGGAAGUUCGUGUAGACGGGGUUGACAGUCGUCAGUUUGCCACAGUGAUUGACUCAUGUUGGGCUACACCUGAGAACGAUCCUAAUCACUCUGUCCGCUGGGACCUCAUCAGUGGAGAGUGUCCCAGUCCAAAUGAUGAGACAGUGGAGCUGCUGCAGAAUGGAGUCUCCACAUCCAGCCGUUUCUCCUUCAGGAUGUUUGUCUUCACUGCAAACUCCACUAAGGUUUACGUGCACUGUACUGUUCACAUUUGCCUUCUGGCAGGAAACCACUGCUCAACUCAAUGUGACUCUGGAUACCACUUGAGAGAGGGCAGGUCUGCAGAAUUCCAUGACAGUGCUUCCAUUUCCAUGGGUCCCCUGAUGUUGUCUGAAAGGAACCAAGGCAUUUGAGCCCCAGAGCAUCAGAACAUAUCCACGGGCUUAAGUGUCUGCGUGGUUCUUUGAUUAUAUUAUUUGUUUCUCUGCUAA